CAGUCAGUGAUAUUUAACUCUAACAACAUUGAUUCACGUUUUAUAUUUUGACGGCAUAUCGAUAAAAUUGUCCGUAAUAUGCGCUAUCAAACUAAGAUUGCAGCUAUUAUAUUCCUGUUCGCUGGCAGCUGUAUAUCUACCCCAGCGCAGCAAGAGUUUGGGCCUAGCAUUGCAUCAGUCCACCAAAAUGCGCCCCAAAUCUUCAAUGCAGUCCACAAUGCUAUGCGCCAAUUUGGUUCGUCACUUCACCACAACGGCAUGUCCUUCUUCCAAGCCACCAUACCUAAGGGAACCAUAUUGUAUCAUGGGUCCCCAACAAAUGAGGUUCCGCAAGGGCUAGAGUGGCUUGCCUUCGAGAUAGAACAUUCGGAGAACUUCGCGUUUGGCACAUUCAAGAAGAAACCGAAUGAUACCCCGCUGGUGGUCCAGGAUAGCAGCCAGCGGCCCCUGGAUAUCAACUCACAACAUGCCAUUAGUGAUAAGACUGUCUACAUGAGGGAAAUCAUUGCUCGAGACCUCGGAGCACCAAGUUCUCAAGGUUGCAACCCCGCUGGCUGCGAUGAUGGUGAUGAUGAGUGGAUCCACGUUCCGGGCUAUCUGCAUAUUUACCAAGCAGCUCGACCUUUGAAAGUACUGUAUCUGGAUGGUAUGGCCGCAGGGAAGACUAAUAUGGGAACUAAUGAUGCGGAGGAUUACAUUCUGACUGGUAACAAGAGCCGGCAUGGCUUCGACGAUAUGAGACGUGCCGAUGAUCUCUGCGAUUGGGCAAAAACUUGGGAAAUCGAUGGUUUCAUCCGAAUGGAACCAGGGUUCGAAGUUGUAUACUGUAAUUUUGGGGAUGGGGGAGUGCACCAAGUAUCGGCUACGCGCCACUAUAAAGGUUUCCGGCCCAUGGAACACCACAUCUAUCAGUACUUCCAGUGGGUUAAGGCUGCGUCGCAAAGAUAUUAUGGCAUAGGAGGUGGGCGUGUUCGAGUUGACUAUGCUUCGAUGGUAUCAGCCUACUUCUAUCCUCUGAAUUUGACCAACCCAAACAUAACAAUGGCCGAGCAUCCGAGGCUGUCGGCCGCGAGCUUGGAGGAAUUAGCAGUUAUCAGGAAGCAUGUUGAGCGUAUGACACCCAAGCAGCGACAGAAAUCGUUCAGCGGCGUCGAUUGGCAGGGCGUCACUGAUUUGGUUGUGACACGAUAUGCGGAUAGGCUCGCACUCAUGGCAACCUAUGAUUCGGUUACCGCAAUAAACGUGUCUCUUCAUCACCUGAUUGACACACACAUUGCCUAUCUGGAUGACGACAUCGAUUUCGAUAGUGCGCGAAGAGCAUGCGCUUCCCAUUACCUUGCAGGAGCCAUACCGGAGACAGCAGAGGAAGAAUUCAUAUACGCCGGCAUACUUGGAACAACUGAGCUGAUCUGCAAAACGUUAUUCGAUGCACACAGCUUAGUUGAGAAGGCUGCAUACACAGAUCACGAUGCAACGCGCGAGGCGUUAUCUUUAGUCAAAGACCUGAUGGAUAAGCUUCGCUGGUCAGAGUGGAAACAAUGCGGCCCUUGUAAGAUGGAUGAAGUUUGCUUUAUUGCUAUGUGGCCAUUCGGAAAUACCGAGGAUCACUAUAAUCCUAGCUGUCAUAAUGCAUCGACACUCGUUGGGAGGGAUAGCUAUUGGAGAUGGGAGUGGUGGUAAUACGGAGCACGGUCGUGGUGGACACUAAAAUAGAUAACAGAAUCGAGAGCCAAAGUUUCCC